AUGAGCGUCGUUCAGGCGCCAAUAUUUGUGACAACCAUAUCAACGCAGCCUUUCCCUGGUCGAACGCUGGAUACAAAUCCGAGAGGAGAGGCUACGUGUGCGAAGACCGAUAGCCUCGAACGGAGGGAUUACGUGGAAGAGACCGGAUUCAAGCAGUUUGUGAUCACCCUUUGCGCCGCUGUGCUUGUGAUGAUCGUCCUUGUGACGCUGGUUUUCAUCUUCACUGGACCUUGCUGUGGCGUGCCAAUCAUCAGUGAUGCUCCGUUUGAUUGGCCAGCGCCAUCUGACAGCAUUGAGGGCAAAUUUCACAAAGCAGCGGUGACCACCGAUCAUGGGCUGUGCUCAGAGAUUGGAGGGGAUAUUUUACGGAAGGGUGGUAAUGCCAUCGACUCCUCAAUAGCAGUAAUGUUUUGCUUGGGAGCGACCAAUCCUCAAUCCAGCGGACUUGGAGGCGGCUUCCUGAUGACCAUUUAUAACAAAACGCAAGGUAAAUGCAUAGCAAUUGACGCUAGAGAAACUGCACCGGCAGCAGCACAUCGGGAUAUGUUUCGAAAUGACAGUGACGGGUCUAAAUACGGGUUCAAAGCAGCCGGCACUCCCGGAGAGUUAGCUGGCUACUGGUAUGCGUUCAAAAAUUUUGGAUCAGGGAGCGUUGCAUGGAAAGAUCUCAUCCAGCCAACUAUCGAGCUUUGUCGAAGUGGUGUGCCAGUUUCAGAAUACCUCGAUUAUGUCAUGAAAGUCAAGGAAAGACAUUUCCGGCUCUUCCCCAGCAUGAGGGCCUGGAUCAAUCCUGCAACGAAUGACACCUACAAAGCUGGAGAUCUUUUACCAAGACUAAAACUGGCAGCAACCUUAGAGAAGGUAGCCAACUCGGAAGAUCCAGUCAAAUUGUUUUACCACGGUGAAAUGGCCGACACAAUAGCCCGCGAAAUGGCAGAAGGAGGAGGUAUAAUCACCAAAGCGGAUCUCGCAUCCUACAAACCCAUCUUCUACGAUCAGCUGGUAAAUGACCACUUCCGAGGUGACUUGGUCAUGUGUGGAGGACCUCCACCAUCGUCAUUUGCAGUCACUCAACUUAUCGUCUCAGUAAUGAGCGCGUUGUAUCCCGAAGGACACCACACUGAUAUUUUGGCAGAUCCAAAGGCGGUACAUCAUUUUGUUGAAGCCAUGAAGUUUGCUUAUGCGCAGAGGACUUUGCUUGGGGACGCGGCGUUCGUUCCGUCAGCAGUUGAAUUAGCAAAGAAUCUGACCACAAAAGGGUACACUCAGUGGAUCGUGCAGCGAAUGAGGGAUACGGCACAACCAUCAGCAUACUACGGUGGAAUAAAUCAGACACAUCCUCCUGACCAUGGCACUUCUCAAGUGUCUGUACUAGACGAGUUCGGCAACGGAGUCUCAGCCACUACGACGAUUAACAGAUGGUUUGGUGCUGCAGUUGAAUCGGAAGCGUACGGGAUUGUAUGGAAUGAUGAGAUGGACGAUUUUUCGACACCUGGAAUGGCAAAUGGGUUUGGGUUUGCUCCAUCGGAAACGAACUUCAUUCAACCUGGUAAGCGGCCCAUGAGUAGCAUGAGUCCCAUGGUGAUAUUCAACAAGAAAACAAAGGAGCCAAGAAUGGUAAUUGGUGGUUCUGGUGGAUCCAAGAUCAUUUCUGCUGUGGCCAAGGCUAUUGUACGGCCUCUAAUCUUCGGUGAAACCAUCAAACAAGCUAUCGACGCGCCAAUGCUUCACAAUCAGUUCACACCAGAUAUAGCUCAAGUGGAUGACUUCUUCCCAAAAGAGCUCAAAUCUGUGCUGGAGUGGAAAUUUGGACAAAAAUUCCGUAACACAACCGGUUUUGAAGGAAUUAUACAAGGCAUUACUAUAGAUAAAAACGAGAUCCGUGCCUGCGGGACCUGUGACCAUUAUUCCUCCUCUUUUGUUGGUGUAUGA